AUGGGUGCUAAUCCAAACUUAGCUCGAGGAAUCCGUGUCUUUGGUGAAACCAAAGCCACUGCAAAUGAAGCGUGGGAGAAAAUUUCCGACAACCUUAACAGUCAUGGUCCACCAACAAGGGCACCAGAAGAAUGGCAGAGAGUAUGGAUCCAAUUUAAAGCUAAGCUUAAAAAGAAAAUGUCGCAAAAUAAAAGAAAUCUUAACGCCACAGGUGGUGGUCCAUCACAAGAAGUGCGUCUAUCGCCGUUGUGCUCAACAGCAGCAGAUCUACUUCAAAUAAAUUUAGUAACAGAUCCUGCAGGUGCCAUUUAUGGAAUAAUGGAGACAUGGGAUGAAGAUGGGAUAGAAAUAGUGUCAAAUGUUAAGGUGGAGCAAGAAGAAGCUGCUACCCAAAUGGAGAAUGUUCGUCCCACUCCGCGACGAACUGUAAGAAGGGAGUACAGCAAAAUAAGUAUCCUUAGGGAGCAAACAUCCACACAAAAUGAACUUUUGUUGACCAUAGCAAAACUUGAAAAGGAAGCGAAAGAACAAAAUGAAAUUUUAAAGGCAAACAAUAAUUUAUUGAAGGAAAGAAAUGAAUUACAAAUUCCAACGGAUUUGAAUUAUCUCUCAAGCUUCGUCGAAUAG